AAGGAUUUUCAGGACAGUAAAGUCCGUAACCGUCUCAUACUCUCUAGAAGUAGAAGAAUUAGCUUUAGAGGCUAAAUUUAAUUUCAAGAUUUAUUGUCCAACCAUACUUGUAUAUUACAAGGAAUUUGAGAGAAAAGGACAGACUAUAUAGUGAAUGGAUUUCUAACAUUGACACAAGUGAAGUCUAUAAACCCUGUCUGAUCUGCUAUUCCCAGAAAGAUGACUGACAAAGAAAGAAAAAGCUGACAGUGGCUUAACAGUUAGUGUGAUUAAUACACCAACGUUGUUCAUAUUUCUUCUGAGAUUAUAACUUCACAAAUAGACUUUCACCAUGACGAUGAUGUCAGUGACGUUUGAGGUGAUGUUCCGGGUGGCGGUGGAGGUGGAGAAAGAUGAGGUGGUGUGUGUGGUGGGGGACUGUGACCGCCUCGGAAAUUGGGACCCUCACCAUGCGGUUGUACUAACACGUGAGUCCAGCAGUCCCUCACAGUGUAGGAAAAAUAAACAGGAGGACAGUGUGUGUAAGGAUGGAAAACAGGCAACAUGUGAUGUUUGGAGGAAGAGAGUUAAGCUGUGUGGAAUGAAAAAUUACUGCUACAGAUACUUUGUUUGUCAAAUAAUGGAGUCAGACAGUGAAUCUACAGACAAAUCUGUGAAGGUCAUUCGAUGGGAAACUAACAUUGCACCCAGAAUUUUUUCUCCAUCAGACUAUAUGCAAGAUCCACACAAGUAUGAUGCUACAAUAGAAACAUUUGGGGAAUAUGGUGGAAAAUUUCAUGUAACUAAGGGAUGGUUGACAGACCAAUUAGAAAUACAUAUCCGUAUGCAUGGCAACCCAAUUCGUAUGUGGAAGCCCAAGUACAGAAAACAGACUUACAGAAUUAAGUGCACUCCAAUCGAUCAACGAUACCAAGAUCAUUUAGAUGAAGAUGAGGAGGAAGAUGAAUGGGGAACACAUGUAUCACCACCAGCUACCUUCACCAAAGUGCUAGUCUCUACCCUGGAUAAUAGAAAGAUGAAUCACUGUGUUCAGAACCAGCAUGGGACAGUUUUUGAACCAGAUGGAUACAUGAUAUUCACAGCUGAAACUGUAGAACCAGAGAGUUUGGGUUUUCAGUUUGAUUUUUAUGUUGACGAGGAGGGAGUAAAUCCUAGACAUGUCGGCUACUGCUAUCUGCUGCCAGUGGAUCUGAAAAAGUCCAACGACUCCAAAACCGUCCCAAUCACAGGACUCAAUCAUAAGCCCAUUGGAAAAAUAGCCUUGGAUUAUCUUAUUGUGAAACCUGUGCCUGGUUUAGAUCUGAAAAUGGAUGUGAGCUACCAAAACUAUUGGAAGUUUGAGCGCAAGUCCUUGGAUGUGGGCCAUCGGGGAAUGGGCUCGUCAUACAAGCACAAAAAGUUGGCAGCUGUGAGAGAAAACACCGUACAAUCUUUGCAAGAUGCAGCAAGCCAUGGAGCAGAUUUUGUUGAAUUCGAUGUCCAGCUGAGCAAAGACAUGAUUCCAGUUAUUUAUCAUGACUUCCAUGUAGCCAUUACCUACAGGAAGAAAAAGAGAGAAGAGCUUGAAUUUUACCAAGCUUCUGUCAAAGAUCUGACUUUGGCAGAACUUCAAUCCAUGAAGCUGACACACACCUCUAGAAUCUCCGAAAAUGACAGAGAUGGUAUCCAUGAUGACGACAUUGAUCCCUCAGACCUCCAACCAUUUCCCACACUGGAGAGGGUAUUUGAAGCUGUCAAUCCCUGUACAGGAUUCAAUGUGGAAAUCAAAUAUCCACAAGAGAAAGUGAAUGGGGAAUUUGAGGAAAUAAAUUACCACGACAGGAACAAGUAUGUGGACAUCAUACUAAGGGUUGUUUUGAGGACAGCAGGUCGUCGCCGAGUUGUCUUCUCCAGCUUUGAUCCAGACAUUUGUACUCUAUUGCAAAGGAAGCAGAAUAAAUACCCCACACUUUUCCUCACCAACGGAGAGGAUAAAGAAAAAUAUGUUCCAUACUUGGAUUUAAGGACCAGAUCUAUAGAUAUGGCUAUCCAUUUUGCUACAUUUUCCAAUAUCUUGGGAAUUGAUGUCCUCACCUCAACGCUAUUUCAAAAUAUGGACAAAAUUGAGAAUGUCAAAAAAGCCAAGCUGGUUCUGUUCUGCUGGGGGGAGGACAAUAAUGAUUCUAAUGCAAUAAAUACACUGAAACAGAACGGAGUGGAUGGAAUUAUUUAUGACAGAAUUGAUUUCUUCAAAACUGGACAGAAGAGUGUGUUUGCAGUGGAAAGAGAACAAACGGAGAAAAUUCUGAAAACAGCCGGACUUCUCAGUCCAAACGCAGGACUUCAAGCCUUGGAAUUGUCACCAUCGGGAUCAGAUCUAGAAAAUGGAACAACAAUUCUCCAUAUAGCUGUUGCAAACAAUAAUUCUGAUAUUGUUAAACUGCUUCUGAGGGCUGGGGCUGAUGUGAAGACAGCAAACAAUCAAGGAAGGACUCCUUUACAUAUUGCUUCAAGAUCAGGAAAUGCUGAUAUUACAAAACAACUUAUUGAUGCUGGAUCAGAUGUUGAUGCCACAACUAAGGAUUGUAGGACAGCUUUACAUACUGCUACAUGGAGAGGACAUACAGAUGUAGUCAGACUUUUAGUGGAAGCCAAUGCUGAUGUCAACAUACAUGAUGGUGAUAGUUGGACUCCUCUAUUCUGGGCAGCAAAAUUAAACUACAGACAAAUCACACAACUUCUCGUGGAACAUGGAGCCAAUUUAAAUCAUCGCAUUGUCAAUAAAGAAUACACAGCUCUACAUGAAGCAGUACGGAAUGGCCACAUAGGUUUAUCUAAGUAUUUGAUUCAUGAAGGAGCUGAUGUUAACUUGAAAGCAAAGGAUGAAGGGAUUUUAGAGUUUCUUCUGAAAACUCAGCAUUUUGAUCCAAAAGUUUUCACAGAUAUGAUGGAUUUCUGUAUACUGCAUGACUAUAAACUGUGCAGAGAGUCUAUAUCCAAGAAAGUAUUGUCUGUGAAAUCAUUACAGGAGUGUGAAGAAAUUCAUGACUGGCUGCAGAGGGUAAUGCAAACAGUUCCAUCUCUGUCAGCCAUUUGUAGGAACUUUUUAAGGCAGCAGCUUUCAUCUUGUAUGAAAACACAGAUCCAGAAAAGUAUAGAAAAGUUACCUCUUCCCCCUCUGCUCAAAGACUAUCUGGCAUUCAAAGAUGAAGAAUGUGAAUCGUUAUUAAAAAUUUCAUUUUGAA